CAGUUAUAAAAGCUUUCAGUACGAAAAAUAGUCUUAUUGUUCAUUAUGAAUCGGGCUUACAUUUUAAUUUUCUUAUUUUUACCUCUUGACGCUUUCGCCGAAAUUGGAGUUCUUAGAUUAAUAAAAGAUCAAAGAUUUUGGGGAUCACCUCUGUUAAGGCAUCCUAUAAAUCAUCUUCCGCGUUAUGAAUCCAUAACUGAUUAUUUAGAAAGUAUUGCAUCUAAUUAUCGUAAUAUUGUAUCACUAGAAGAUAUUGGAACUACUUUUGAAGAAAGAACAAUAUAUGCUGUUAAAAUUUCUAGUGGUGGAAUAGGCAAACCAAAAAUCCUAAUUGAUGCUGCAAUGCAUGGCCAUGAAUGGAUGGCUCCAACUGUAGCUAUAUACGCUAUACAUCAAUUAAUAACAAAUAAAUCACAUACAUAUCUUUAUCAAAAUGUUGACUGGUACAUUAUUCCUUGUUUAAAUCCUGAUGGGUAUGAAUUCACGGUUUCAUCAGGUAAUCGUUGGUGGAGAAAAAACAGGUCAAUUAAUGAAGGAUCAUCGUGCAUCGGUACCGAUAUAAACAGGAAUUUUGAUAUUGGCUGGAUGGGUAAAUCAAACAUAGAUGAUCCUUGCUCAGACUUUUAUCGUGGAUUCACACCUUUUUCUGAAUCUGAAAGUAAGGCAUUAAGAAAUUUGUUCAGAUCUAAUAGAGGAUUGAUCAAAGUAUAUUUAACUUUACACUCAUUUGGAAUGUACUUUUUGUAUCCUUGGAGUUGGACAAAAAUAUCUACAAACAAUUUUGAUUUACAAAUCGUCGCUAAUAAAGCUGCAAGGGCAAUUACUAGAAGGUAUAAUACACGAUAUACUGUUGAUAAUGUUAGACGUAUAGAAAAUGAAAUUUGCGGUUCGAGUGUUGAUUGGAUGUUAGCUGUUGGAAAUGGUGUAGAUUUAUCUUACACGUUACAAUUACCUGGUCAUACAUAUCACAUGUUCAAACUGCCUCUCGAAGCAAUUGGAUUGGAGACUCUUGAAGCUUUUAAAGUGUUUCAUUCAUACAUUGAAAAUAAAUAUUUAACAAAUAAUGGACAAAAUUGAAAAACUAUUUAUUUUUAAAUGUUGGAGAUUAACAGUAAGAUAAAUUUUAUAAA